GUGUGCUGGCCUCCGCCGCCUGGGCGCCGAGGUCCUGGGCGGGGGCCUGUCCAUCAACGCCCUGCUGGCGGAGGCGAAGCAGGGCGCGGACGCCAACAGCCCGCGCGGCAGCGUCAGCGGGCGCGGCAGCGUCCGCGAGGUCUAGCAGCGGGCGCGGCGGCCGCGAGAUCCCGAGCCUGGAGGUGCGGUUCGCCGGGCUACCCGGCGCAGACGCCCCACGGGCCGCGCCCCGCCGCGGCCCCGGAGCCUCGAAGACAGCUCGGAGGUCCUCGUGGCCGUCACCACAGACGCCCGCGGGUCAUGGAAGGAGGAGGCCGAGGCACGCACGAGCCCUGGCUUGUUCGCGAGGGCUCCGGUGCAGCGGGGCCGCCGCGCGCGAAGGCCCGCGCGGCGGCCGGGCGCCCGCGCGUUCCGCGGGGCGGCCCCCGAGGUUCGGGACGAUCGUCAAGCAGUGGCGAAGCGUCCUGGCUCGCUUAUAUCAAGGGGGGAAAACCACCCGGACCGGACAAAUUGUCUGGAGUGCCCAUCUCGGGCGUCCCGGCCCGAGGCCUCCCCCCCGCCCCGCACGCGCGGCGGCCGGCUCGCUGCGGCCAGAAGCGGCCGUCCGGACCGGCCACGUGUACCUCGGCGACAGGCCCCUCCGCGCUGGAGAUCGAUGCGUCCUGAAGGACGGGGACCGCUUCUCGCUCGCGCGCCCGCCGACACCGCUGGCGUACGAGGUGCGAGUCGGCGACGAGGACAACUCGUACAGUAAGGAGCAGACGCCCAGGGACCACCCGAACAGGUACCCUGCGAGGUUCCCGGGCCGCUCGUCGGUGACGUCGUCGCCCACGGUGCCCGAGGAGCUGCGGAGGCUGGCGUGGCAGACGGACCAGAUGCGUCACAGGUCCGAGUCCGAUAUGGUGCGAGUCAGGGACUGGGCCGCCUUCUCGCAGCACGUCAAGAGCCACUACCACAGGCACGGCAUCGAGGCCGUGCCCUGGGCCACGCACGGUCGUAUCUUCCGUUGGGCAGCUUGCACUCCGCCGUAG